UUAAGUUUAACAUACUCAGGACUGCAGUUUGACGGUAUCGUUAAAAGUUUCACACAAAGAAUGGAUGCGAACUAUGUCAUGGAAGUCGGUGGCUGCGAUGGAAAAAAACUCAUAAACAAAACUACUCUAAAUCAAGAGGAAUGACGACCGAACUGUGUUUCAAACGGAACGCACAGAUUUAUAGUGUGAAGAUUUUAUGUCUGAUUUGAAUUUGGGUAGAAGAAGCUGACUUUGCAUAUUUCUGGGAUAACAUUUUGGAAAGGAAAUCGGGGGAAAACCAAAGCCAGGGCAACAUCCGAAAACUAAAUGCAAUAGUGGGAUAAAAAUAACACGUCGGCCCCGUUGUUAAAACGUGGAUUUUGUAUUUUGUCCCAAGGAGUUGAAAUGCAGCUCUUACAAUUUAAGAUCGUCGACAAUUUCGUUAUUGCAGAAGUUAAAUCGGGUUAACUGCAGUCUAUUUUAAGUCAGAUUUUCUGAAAGAAAUUAGGAUCGGAACCGGGAUAAGUGAACUAAACCUCAGUAUUGGAGGACUGAAACUCGACUGGGGUUUUGCCAUUUUAUGCCGCUUUUUAUAUCCAGGAGAAGUUUGAAAUUCAACCCCCUCCCGUAUACGUUUGGAAUCUGAAGAACAAUACAAAGACCGUUGCUGUCAGGAAUAGUCUCCUGUUUACUUGUGUGGUGUCCUCUUUUCGGAUUCAGACAAAACCAAGAUACCUUUAAGUCAACGCACUGUGAAAUAUAGUGAUUUUUUUUACAGUUUUAGAUGUAAAGGAAUGUUGCUUACAGUCGCCUACCUUGGCGCUGUUGAGUGUAACAGUUAUCCCUAUUUGUCGUCAGAUUUACCGAGGGCAAAUGAUUGUCCUCAAUUUUCCUUCUAAAAAGAAAGACACAAACUGGUUUACAGUAAUAAUUAUUCGCAUACGUUGGAUAAUAGCUUGAUUUAAUAGUUAUUUGAUGGCGUUUUACAUGUAUUUAGUGGGUUUUGAUGGCAUUUGUAGUCGCCGAGGACAGCAAGAGUGUAUACCGGCUGGGCACUGCAAUUUGGUUAGAGGGUUCUUCGCAAGUUGCAAUCCAGACUGGGACAAGAGCGCUUAUUUGGUGACUGCUACUGGGACACGCAGGUCGCACGAGUACCUGGUGGCGGAGCACGCCGGGGACCUGAUUCCGAGGGGAUUUAUGACUGGACCGGGAAUCUGAUCACUUUUUUACGCAAGGAAAUCUGAGAAUACUUCAUAUACCUGUGUACAGCCAGUUUAAGACAAUGCGGUUCUCCUACCACAUCAGCAGCGGCAUGCCGAGUCCUCAGCCACCACUGCGCAGGAUAGGUUCUUCCUCCUCCAGUCCGAGGCUCUUGACGAAGAGCCUCUCCCUGGAGCCAGGUCCCUGUGUUGGGAGCGAUGAGACCCCCCAGCGCCUCUGCUCGGACCCUGGACCACUGGGACCCCGCCAUUGCAAUGGCACCAAUGAGAAGACCCCCGCGGAACCCGCAGCAGCUACUCCCAAAACACGCCCCCCCCUGCCUGGCCCCAAACCCCAAGUGCCACCGAAGCCUCCUCAUUUACAAAGCGCCCGUCGACCAAGAGCUCCAGAUAAACCCCUCCCACCACCUCCCUCUCGCCCUUUACCUGCGGACCCCCGCUCUGCACGCUGCACCCUGGCCCGUGGCGAGGGCACCCUGUCGCCCUCCUGUGUGCUUUCGCUCAUUGAGAAAUUUGAAAGAGAGCAGAUCAUCGUGGUGCCAGACAUCACUGGGGGCACCGUCUGCACACCCAAACUGCCGCCGUCUGGAGCAGAAGAGGCCACCCCCUUGCAGCAGGAGCCACCCACUUGCAGUCCGGAACCUCAGGAGAUACCGGGCAAGGUGCUGGAGGUGGCGGAAACGAUGGAGGAGGAGGACAAUAAUGAGCAGAAAGAGGGAAAAGAUGGGCAGGAAGAGGAGGACCUGGGUGCGUCUUGUUUGGAGCGACGGCUCUCUCUGGAGUCAGGCUGCAGCGUCUCCGACAAGCUGCUGGACGCGCUGGAGAUGCGGGAGCUGCUGGCCGGCCAGGCGGACCCUCCCCCGGAGCCGCGGCUCUCCCUGCCCCCCUCACAGGCAGACGGCAAGCUGGCCAACCGGGACAGCGGCAUCGACAGCAUCAGCUCGCCGUCUCACAGCGAGGAGCUCUGCUUCGCCGCCGAUGAGGAGCGGGUCCUCCACAGCAGGGAGGCGUGUCCCUGCAGCCCCGCCCAGCCCCUGCCCCGCAUCUCCUCUGCCCACUUCUGUGGCUGCGUGGAGGCAGCGGAGGGUGUGGGUUCGGCCUCCGCUGAGGGGGCCAGGGACUCCGAGGGGGACAGCGACAUGGAGGAGGUCAGCGGCGAUGAGAGCGAGUUGACCCCCACCGCGUUGCAGCCUUUGGUCCUCCCCAAGACUGAAAGGCAGGACUCCUCAGAGCUAUCCAUCCAGCAGAGGGUCUUCAACAUUGCCAACGAGCUGCUACUCACGGAGAAGGCCUACGUGUCCAGGCUGCACCUCCUCGACCAGGUGUUCUGCUCCCAGCUGAUGGAGGAGGCGCGGCUGCGCAGCUCAUUCCCCUGCGAGGUGGUAAUGGGCAUCUUCUCCAACAUCUGCUCCAUCUAUUGUUUCCACCAGCAGUUCCUGCUCCCCGCGCUAGAAAAGCGAAUGGAAGAAUGGGAGCUGAAUCCUCGAAUUGGGGACAUCCUGCAGAAAUUGGCUCCCUUCUUGAAAAUGUAUGGGGAAUAUGUGAAGAACUUCGACCGGGCAAUGGAGCUGGUCAACACCUGGAUGGAGCGGUCUUCCCAGUUCAAAGCCAUCAUCCAUGAUAUUCAGAAAGAGGCGGUGUGUGGGAACCUGACCCUGCAGCACCACAUGCUGGAGCCCGUGCAGCGCAUCCCGCGCUACGAGCUGCUGCUCAAGGACUACCUGCACCGGCUGCCGCAGGACGCCGACGACUUCAAGGACGCGCAGAAGUCUCUGGAGCUGAUAGCGACUGCCGCCGAACACUCCAACGCGGCGAUCAGGAAGAUGGAGAGAAUGCACAAGCUGUUGAAGGUGUAUGAGUUGCUGGGCGGAGAGGAGGACAUUGUUAACCCUACCAAUGAGCUGAUUAAAGAGGGCCACAUCCUCAAAUUGUCAGCCAAGAAUGGGACAUCGCAAGAUAGAUACCUCAUACUAUUCAAUGACAGGUUACUGUACUGCGUUCCUAAACUGCGGCUGAUUGGACAGAAAUAUGGGGUGAGAGCCAGGAUCGACGUAGAUGGCAUGGAGCUGAAGGAAACUGGUGGAGUGAACAUGCCCCGGACAUUCCUGGUGUCAGGAAAGCAGCGUUCCCUGGAACUACAGGCCAGGACGGAAGAGGAGAAGAAAGAUUGGAUCCAGGCUAUCCAGGCCAUCAUCCAGAGGCACGAACAGACGCUGGAAACCUUCCGGGUUCUCAACUGCUCCUUCCGGGAUGAGGACUACACCCCCCCCAACUCACCGAACAGCACAGAGCUGGGGAAGCGAGCACCCACACCCAUCCGGGAAAAGGAGGUCACGCUGUGCAUGAAGUGUCAGGAGCCCUUCAACUCCAUAACCAAGAGGCGUCACCACUGCAAGGCCUGCGGUCAUGUGGUCUGCGGGAAGUGCUCUGAGUUCCGGGCCCGGCUGCUGUAUGACAACAACCGGGCCAACCGCGUGUGCGUGGACUGCUACACCGCCCUGCACGGUGUCCCUCCCUCACCUGCUGGCGUGACACAGUCAACAUUCAGACGCAGGUCCAUCCUGGAGAAACAGGCCUCUGUCGUGGCUGAGAACAGUGUGCUGUGCAGCUUCCUGCAUCACAUGGAGAAGGGAAGUGGUCGCGGCUGGCAGAAAGCUUGGUUUGUCGUCCCAGAGAACGAGCCCCUGGUUCUAUACGUUUAUGGUGCCCCACAGGAUGUCAAGGCUCAGCGUAGUAUACCCCUCAUUGGCUUUGAGGUGUCUCUUCCCGAGUCAUGUGACCGACUUGAGCGACGCCAUGCUUUCAAAAUCAGCCAGAGUCACCUCACCGUGUACUUCAGUGCUGAGGGGGAGGAGCUACAACGACGCUGGAUGGAGGUGCUAUCAAGGGCUGGCCGAGGAGAGGAGCUGCAGGCUCACGCCCCUAUCUCAGAGGCUGUAGAAGAGGAAGGGGAGGACCUCGUGUCUGCAGGGGAAAACACGUGAUUGUGACACCACUGUGAUUAGUGACAUCCAUCUUGUACACACACUUUGCACACCUGUACACUAACUCUCCCAUAUAUACACUCUUAUUGUCAAUGGUCAGUUGCAUGAAAUGCCAGCAGAUUGACUUUCUCCUUGUAUCUCUCAUCUUGUUGGUUGGAUGUUUCCACCAAAAAUAUGCUUAGCCUAACGGUAAUCUAUGAGAAUAUAUAGAAAUAUUUAAUAUGAAACAGUGCAAAUACAAACAUUCUUCACCAUAACCCAUCAGCCCAGCUUUUGCCAAGCAUUUUUGUGGUUUGCCAAGAAAUCAUGGCUGUGAGAACGGGUAGACUUGCCAGAGAGGCUCCUACGUUUUCCACCUUGCUAUAGAGUGGCCAUUUGGGGCUGUCCACCACAGCCCUGCGGUGACGUGAAAGGAAGCUUUUAAGAGGACGUGAAAGGUGCAUUGGGUGAACCGGCAUGGCUCCCUGCUCGCACAUGCCGACAGAGCUGCAGACCUGAAGAGUUUCCCUGGACCAGCUUGCGGCAGACCGCCGGCUAUUCCGUUUGCUGAACGAGGACGUGUUUCGGAACGUUUACUCGGCUCUGGUGGACAGCUGAAUGAGAUGGUGGAAGACAAGUAAGGGCGUAGAUUUGGGUAUGGACUGUAGGGACACGUCCUUACCAAUAUUGUGAGAGUCUGUCUGUGUCUGGCGAGUGGGGGGUCGUGGAGCUGAUUUGGUCCCUACCAACGUUGAAACCAAACCUAUGACCUUGGAGACAAGCUUUCCUCAUCAGGAUUUUGUGUCUUUAAGUCUGUUCUGUCUCAAAAUGAUGUUAUGAUUCGGUAUUGCAAAACUGUCUGGAUAUGGAAGAAAAGAAACCCACUAAAUUAUUUGUUAUAUUUUCUGGUAGCAGUUUUACAAAACUUGUGUGAUUAUGGGAGACGGAUUUUUUUUUUUUUUUUUUUUUUUUUUUACAGUUUCACAACCAGAAAACAAGUAAUUUCUCACCAAUGUCAACAUGUUACCACCUGCCAAAUGUUUUGUGCCUGCUAAGUGUUUCCUUGCCUAUACUGACAACAGUUGUUCUCUACUCCCUCGUUAUUGUCUGAGGUUAUGUAGCUUCUCUGCCCUCUAGUGGAAAAUUUUAAAUAUUGCACAAAUCUAUGCCAAAGAGCGAAUAUAUAUCUUCAGCUUGGCUUAGAGGGAAAUGUUAGUAUAUAUUGAUCUGUUACACUCCAACUAAAAAUUGAGACUUUAAAGAAAGUUAAGCAGGUAAGUUAGUUGGCAGUUUUUUUGACAGUGUGGGCACUUACUACUUUGUUCAAGAGGGAUGGGUUCUUUUGUUUUUACACUUUUUAUACAAAUCAAUUGUUUUUUUUCCCUUUCAGAAAAUUCUGAAACAGUUCUAACAGUACUAGUGGAUUAUAAGGCAAGUGAAGUCUGGCUUUCACAAAAUCAAAUGUAUAAAUAAAAUAGCUGAGUAAAUUCUACUGGAGCUACUGAAGAAGUUAAUUAGGUCGAUUUUACGAUGCUUCUUUCAAACACAAUAUAAAUGUCUUAUAUCAUUUAAACAACAUCUUUUUUGUUUGCAGAAUUAAGGAUUAUAAUGCCAGAAGAAAACAUCAGUUUGAUUAAUCUUUUUCAGUUCAUUUUUCUUGGAUGGCUGGUUGACUGAUGUAUUAAGAACCGGACAGAAUACUUGAACCACAAUGGUGUUAAACACCAGGGCAGACACAGGGAACCCUAACCGUUAAUAUAACAUAAACAAUUUAGAUUCUCUGAAGAUAAAACUGACAUCCGCUUUAGAACAAUUUACCCCAAAAUCAUACAUUUUUGUAAUACAGAUGAAUAAAUGAUUCAGAAACACUUUUGUGUAAUAUUUGGAUGUCUGCUUGGUAAAAUGAAAAGCUAUGCUGUGUGAUCCCGAUAAUAGGUCCCAUUUAAAUAUCUAAAAUAAGGAUUUGGAGAGAAGCCCUAUCAUUUGGUUUACCAUAGAAAGCUCGACUUGUUUGGGAAAUCUGAUAUUUCAGGCUGUAGAAACUGUUGAAAUAUUAUACAUUGGUAUGUUAUAUAAAAAUGGACUUUAGCCAGAGUUGUUUAUAGUAGAGUAUAACUGGAUGAAUGUGUGCAUGAAAGAUGAUUGACAGUAAUGGGCUUUCUCCCUAUAAUUUGAAACGUCUAUGUAGAUAUUUAAAGAUUUGGUUGCAGGGAAAAGAUGAGAUUUAUGUAACAAAGAACGUGCAUUAACUUUUUCUAUAUGGCAUUGUUACCUUCAAAAAAAUAAAUAUAUGGUAACGUGAAAAAUUGAACAUUUAAGAUUAAGUACAUAAAUAUUGGGGGGGGGACAAAAGGGUAAAAUAUAUUUGUAAAUAUAAUUUAUUCCGUUUCAUGCAGGCCAAUGAGUAAAAUAGGACUGACAACUUCUUAUUUUUAUCUUGUGCAGUUUAAGUUGGAUUUGUGAUCAUAGUGGUGGACCUUAUUUUGAGGAAUAGCUUUUGUUCCUUACAUGACCACUUGGGUUCCCCAGGCUGAAGUGUUUUUUUUUUUUUUUUUUUUUUUGCGAUCCAUGAAUGGAAUAGGAUUACUGUGUCCUGUCUCCCUUCAUUCUCUUUUUCACAAUGUAGGUGAGUUCAUAAAAAAAACCCUGCAAAUCAGCUAUAGAUAUUUGUUAGAUAUCGUUUCGAUUCUUCAUUAUUGUUAUUGUUGCUCUUGAUGUCGUUCUUGUUGUUGAUGACAUUGCUGUGGUUGUGGUUGUUGUGGUUGUUCUUUUUUUUGUUUAAAAGCAAUCACUUGACCUAAUAGUAAACCCAGACCAGUCAUAACCUCAGAGUUUGUGAGUUUGUAUAUAACAGCUUAGUGUUCUUACUCCCUCUGUACAUGUUUCACUUUUCCUCGUAAGCAAAUGCAAUAUGUGCCUGAUUGGUGCGACAAUGAUUCUUGAUUGUUUUUGGAGGACGUAUACCCAUGAUUUAAAUGAAACUCAGUGGUCAGUGAAACUACAGUACUGUUACUCAACCGACUCAUUGAUGUUUAUUGUUUCAGUUAAAGUUGUUUUGAGCCACUGAUGGAUAGAGCACCAAAAUUCAGAGCGGUAUGAAAAGAUAUGGAAACAGAUUCCAUAUUCAUCUUAGAGACAUUUUAAUCAUUGUUGGUCUCGAGCACCCAGAGGUACAAGGAUUUUCUGGCAGAUUCAGGGGGGCAGCACUUGACAGGAACCCUUGAAUACUUAAAAUUAUACAUUAAAUUUGGUGGGGGCCCUAGGUAACAUUUCAGGGACCCCGGAACAUCUAGGUAUGUCCCUGCCUGCACCUUCUAUAUAUUUUUGCAGUGUUUAGGUAAUGCCUUAAAGUACAUUAUUUCUGUAUAUUUAGUGGUACUUGCAACUUUAUUUUACCUCUGCUUUAGCCAAAUUAGACUACAGAAAUGUCGAAAUAUGAUUGAGACACAUCACAGUCGUCUAUGUUUUUAUAUUUAUUAUUUUUAUUCCAAAUUGUAGCCUAGCUUUGACUUCCAGCUGUGUGGACUGGUAAAUCUGGUAAAUUGGACUCAUCAGUCAUUGUUUAUAAAAUUUAAUUGGUUUAAAAAAAAAACUGUCGGAAAUUCAAAUGAGAUAAGGUUGUCAGAUUUUGCUGUAAAAUGAUUAUUAAGUUGAAAAUGUAAAUACCCUUAUGAUUCUAGCUAUAUCGAGGGUUCUCGCAUUUCAUGCAUCAUCAUUUCAUGCAUUGAAUUUGUUGUGUAUCAGGAAAUCCGCAUUUUGGUGUUUACAUUUUGUUUCAUUUAUAGUCACAGUGCAUUCAGUACCUGUGCAAUUCCAGUAUUCUCACAGUUCUAAUCCGCCAAUAUUCAAAUUGAAAUUGAUUUGCUAAAUAUGCUACAAAUGAAGUUCAACUUAAUUCUCAAUACUUAAGGAUGAGAAUUGCCAGAAUACAAACUCCAUUCAGCUUUGAAACAGUAUUAUAUUCUUGCUAAGUUUAUCAUUAUAUGUGGCACAAUUUUUCUUUGGUGAAUACAGAUUGUAUAGGAUAAUUUGUACACAUUGUGUAUUACUGUUAUUAUUAUUGUUAUUAUUAUUGUUAUUACUUUUAAUUAUUAGUGGCAGGCCACUGGGUACCAUUGUAAUGUUGAUAUCCCAAUAAAAUAUGUGCAAAAUAAUGAAAAUGUUUAUGAAUAAAAAAUUGAAGAGGAGAACUA